GUUUCCUCUGCAUUAUUUUUUUACCAAAAAACUCGACCGAGUUUUCAUUUAAUUGAAGACUGAGAGUGAGACAGAACUAAAAUUCAGCAUAGACAUAUUUAUAAUAAAAGUUACAGGAUGAUAGUUUGUUGCAGUGAAUAAAUAAAAUAAAUAUAGUUCUUUUUUUCGGUUAUAAAUUUUAAUAUUUUCAUUAAAAGUUUAUCUAAUAUCUAGUCGUAACAAUGGCAACUGCAGUUGAUGAACAAAUUUCUGUUGAUUUACCCGACGAUAAAGAACAUCUAAUGGAGCCAGUGACAUAUAAUUGGGUGGACAUCACCUCUGAAUUUUUCGAUGCCAUAAAAAGUUUAGAACUAGGCGAGCUUUUGCACGACGAUUUAUUCGGAUUAUUCGAAGCAAUGUCAGCAAUUGAAAUAAUGGAUCCAAAAAUGGACGCAGGAAUGCUGUGUAACCGCGGAAACAACCAGCUGUACACAUUUGAGCAAGCUGUCGAGUCAGGUGCAAUAAAAUUAGACAACCUAACAGCCUCAGAAGUAAUAGGCAUCAUAGAUUCCACAUACGCGUGUAUAGUUUCUUGGUUAGAAGGUCACAACCUCGCACAAACCGUAUUUACAAACCUGUACCUCCACCAGCCAGCCCAGAUCCUCGACAAGCCUUUGAAAACCUUCUGCUACGCAGUCUACCAAAUAAUCGAGAUAAUAAAAAACUCUAUAAACCGCGCGAUGGUAUUUGAAGAAGAGGACUUCCAGAGCAUCACCUAUGGCUACAAGCUGCACUUGGAAGUGACUGAGAGCAAGACAAUAUCAAUGUUAAAAGAAGUUGAAGAGGAGCUGCAUCGAAAGAGUAGGAUCAAGCCGGUUAAUGAAGAAACUGAGAAAGAGUACAAUGAAGGCCUGGCGCUGUACGCCAGGAUAAGAUUCACCAAAAUGUUCUACUUAGCUCUGUCCAUGAUGGGCAAGAAGGACAACGUCACGCUAAAUUUGACCGACAUUCAGCGGCUGCUGUCUAACUGCACGGACAUGAUCCAGGUGAUGAUCAAGACAGUCAGCAGAGGCUGCAAAGCUGAUGAAGUUUCGAAUCAUCCGACUAUCAUGGGGUUUGAUCCGAUGGUGAACCAGCGGCUGCUGCCUCCAACGUUUCCGAGGUAUACUAAAAUAAAACCGAGGACCGAGGCGCUGGAGUACAUGGAGGAGCUGAUCAACAGAUUGAAAACAGUGACGAAGGUCACCAGCUGCUCGGGGUUCCACAGCACGCUUGAUUUCUUCCUGGAGUUCUCAAGACAGAACCCCUGUAUUUUAUCCAGGUCGAUGCUGCAAAUAGUUUAUCUCCCUGGAGGCAACCGAGUCUUUGGAAUGCACAAUUUUACAGACAUUCUCAAAGACGCGGCUAAGAAUUUUACAGCUCCGCCCGCGUUGCUGCCCAAGAGCACGUUGUUACAAAAUCACCAGGCUAGAGAGUGCGUGGAGACAUUUUUUUACCACUGCACGACGCUGUUCAAUAGCCUGUUGCAAUUGAGUGGUCACAACAGAGCGAGACAGAGAGACAAGUUAGCGCACAUGUUGGAAGAUUUUGCGACACUGCAUGAUGAGGCGGAGCGGGUGGAUCGGCAUCUUAAUACGCUGUCAUUAAAAAAUGAUACGUCAAGAUCGCACUUGGCUUGCUUUGGGACCUGGUUACUGUAUCACACAGUUCGUGUGAUGGUCAUGUACCUGCUCAGCGGGUUUGAAUUAGAGCUAUACUCAGUCCACGAGUAUCACUACAUCUUCUGGUACCUGAAUCACUUUUUGUACGGCUGGCUGGUGUCUGCUCUCACUAGAGCUGACUCUUUUUUAAUGGAGCAGGAUAUUCACACCGAGAUGCACAAAGGACGGAGUGCUAAGAAGAGUGCGAAAAAUAAAAAAAAGAAAGUCACUCCUCGGCCGUAUAGUUUGGAGAUGCUGAUGUAUCAGGUGCUCCAGAAUAUUUGUGGUGGUUACUUCAAAGCUCUUGUUGGGUUGAGGAUGGAUGGGAAGAUUCCUUCGCCGGAAAAAGAGUUUGACUCGGAACGUGUUAGAUAUAAACAUAGAUUGUUAUCGCCUUUUUCGUCGUUAUUGCUACCGCCUGCUGCUAACUAUGAAAAGUUUUUAGAACUCACUAAUACGCAUCCACAUAAAAAUAAUGAAAUAAUUACCAGCGAAUUGCAUUAUACAACAGCAUGUAGACAUUUUCAUCGCGCAAAAAACAUGCUCGACUAUGCUUUGUCGUUAUGCCAGGACAGAAAUUCAAGCACUGCUAAUGAGAUAAAUGAUUUAUUAAAAGUAACCAAGACAAAUUUCAUCGUUGUAAAACUGCUAGCAGAUGGUCAUAAAAAAGACUCCAAAGAACCUCCGAUCUUCGAUUUUUCUUGUCAUCAACAUUUUCCAAUCAUCAAGCUCGUGUGAGCUAAAAAAAAAAUAACAAAAAAAAAAAUAAAAUCUCAUCUCUUCAUUUCACUAGUUUAUUUCCGACUAUUAAAUUUAGUAUUUAUUUUUCAUGCAUUAAAAAAAAAUUGGAUGUUUAAAAAAAAAAAACUGUUUUAAUUAGCUUUUUAAUAAAUUUAUGUAAAUGUUUAUCGUUUUUAAAUGUUUUGCCAGUAAAAAAAGCUACAGCAAUAUUGUCUUUGCAAAAGGCUAUUAAUGUAAUUAAUUGCAAAUUACGCGCUUAUUAUUAAAUCAAAAUUUAUUAAGCGCGUAUUGCGAUUUUUAAUUGUUAAUUAAGAAAACAAACAAAUUAAUAAAAAUAAAAUUAAAAUUAAAUAUUAAAUAAAAAUAACAGCUAAUGAUAAUAAUUAUAAAAUAAUAUUAAUAAUAAUAAUAAAAAAAUACAUCAUUAAUUCUCUAUAAAUAUUUAAAGUGUAAAUGUUAUUUGUUGUACAAUUUUUUUUUUUCAAAUUGUUCAAGCUGUUGAUUAAUUUAACUAAAAAAAAAAAAAAAAAAAACAAAUUUAAAAUAGAUGAGAGAAAUUGUAUCAAAGAAAAAAAAGAAGAAGACUGCUGUCAAUUUCUUUUUGAAACUAUAAAUAAAUGUAAACUAAUAAACUAAAA